AGGGAGAGAGAGAGCGAGAGAAAGAGAGAGAGAGAUAGGAAUGGAGAAUUCUCACUGGCAGUGAUACAUGAAGGUGCAGUGCAGCCUGUAAGAGUCCAGUUCAGGGGACUCUUAUAUUACGUCAGACAAAAAAACACAAAAUGAGCAGAACAACAUUUUUUGAGGUCGAAAUCCUGGACUGGAAAACAAAAGAACAGCUCUGUUUUCUGGACAAGGUGGAACCUCACUCGAGCAUUGCUGAAAUUAAGAGUUUGUUUCAUAAGUCAUAUCCUAAAUGGCAUCCUGCUAGACAGUCCCUGAGAUUAGAGCCCAAGGGAAAAGCACUGAAUGAUGAUGACAUACUACAGAAUCUGCCUGUCGGGACCACAGCAAGCUUAUAUUUUAAAGAUCUUGGCCCACAGCUUGGCUGGACAAUGGUUUUUCUGGUGGAGUACAUGGGUCCUCUAUUGAUUUAUCUUCUCUUUUACCUUCGGGUCCCCUACAUCUACAGCAAGAAAUACACUUUCACCUCCAGCACUCAUCAUGUGGUCAGCUUGGCUUGUGUUUGUCACUCAUUCCAUUACAUCAAAAGACUUAUCGAAACUAUUUUUGUGCACCGGUUUUCUCAUGGCACGAUGCCUCUCAGAACUACUGUAAAGAACUGUGCAUAUUACUGGGGUUUCGCGGCAUGGUUAGCAUAUUACAUCAACCAUCCUCUCUACACACCACCAUCUUAUGGACAGAAACAGAUCAACUAUGCACUAAUUAUCUUUGUGUUAUGCGAGGCUGGCAAUUUUUCUAUCCAUUGGUCACUGAACAGUUUAAAAUGUGAAGGUUCCAAAUGUCGGAGGUUUCCACGCCCAUCUAAAAACCCAUUCACGUGGCUAUUUUUCUUUGUAUCCUGUCCGAACUACACAUAUGAGGUAGGAGCUUGGGUGGGCCUGUCGAUCAUGACCCAGUGUGUUCCAGUGGCUCUCUUCACUCUGGUGGGCUUCGCACAAAUGACGAUCUGGGCCAGAGGAAAACACAAAGCAUACAUCAGAGAGUUCAAAGACUAUCCAAACCUCCGCAUGCCCAUCUUACCUUUAAUCCUCUGAGCAAGUUUAGAUGUUUCUGAUCUGAGAUCAAAAUAUCCAGAGAUAUGAUGAUCCUGAAUAACAGUGACAGAGGUGAACAGCUGCAUUUAAAUGUGAAUUAGAUUAGUGGGAAUGUUCCAGAUUACAUACAGUAUUUGUGUUGGUUAACUCGUUACAAUAACCACCUAAUAUGCAAUUUUGAUAUCUACCUCUGUGCAAUGACAAAUGUGAUGAAUUACUUCAGCAAUAAAGAAAGAAAGUUUUUCAUUAACAGAUGAAGACACUAAAACACAUUUAUAUUAAAAUAUUGAUCUUUAACAUUUUAAACGAGAAUCGCAACUAAUAUUUAUUCCAAACAAAAAGAGGGAUUAUUAUGAU